GAAUCUCUCGUUUCGCGUUAUGACACAACGUCCAACGAGCUGUACAUGAUAGGGGCUUAACCCAAGAUGACAUCACCUCGUGUCGCCCGUAGAAAAGUGGGUGCGCGUUUAUAUGGCAGUUAACAAACUGUAUGUUCUUAAAACAGCCGGGAGCCACGGUGGCUCUAGGGCCGCGGAGAAGCGACAGGCAGGCAGGCAGGCCAGGCUGCAUUCGGGAGAGAUAGAUAGAUCGAGAGAGGGAGAGAAAGAGGGAGGGAGAGAGAAAUUGCAGACAAAAGGCGCAUGCCAGGCGUGCGUUUUGUGGGCGCGUCUACGCCCCCCCGUCUCUCUCCCUUUCACUCGUUACCUCUCUCAGUCAUACACGCGUCCCCCACAUCCAGUCACACACACACACCCUCACCCUCUCUCUGCACGGUACAACGCUCUCUGCGUCGGCCACCAACACGGUUCUCUCACUGAAACAACAACAAGAGACAACAACAACAACAGCACAUAUUUCCUGCUUACUGCUAAACAACAAACAAUCACUCUUAAUCUGUACGGAAAGCUGCCUUCAUCACCUGUCUUAUCGCCAUGAUGGAGCUCAACUUUGACAACGCCUCCUCCUCUUCCCCCUCCUCCCCCACCAAUGGCCACCAUUUCGACGAACGAGAAAAAUCGUUCUCGCGGAAGCCUGGCGCUAGCUCCUUUAGCAGUAGCAGUCGUGCUAACGGCCUGCCCAGCCCCACGCACUCGGCCCACUGCAGCUUCUACCGCACGCGGACGCUCCAGACGCUCACCACGGAGAAGCGGGCCAAGAAGGUGCGCUUCUACCGCAACGGCGACCGCUACUUCAAGGGGAUCGUGUACGCGGUGGCCACGGACCGCUUCCGCACCUUCGAGGCGCUGCUCGCGGACCUGACCCGGUCGCUAACGGACCACGCUAACCUGCCGCAAGGCGUGCGCUACAUCUUCACCGUCGAUGGAGCCCUGAAGAUCACCAGUCUGGACGAGCUGGAGGAAGGCGAGUCUUACGUGUGCUCCUCUGAGAAUGCCUACAAGCGUCUGGACUACACCAAGAACGUCAACCCCAACUGGUCCGUCAACGUCAAGGCCUCCGCCUCCAGCUCCGCUGCCAAGAUGGCCGCCGUCUCCUCCUCCUCCUCCUCCUCCUCCUCCUCCGCCCCGCGCGAGUCCAAGGACUUCAUCCGGCCCAAGCUGGUGACGGUGAUGCGCAGCGGCUCGCGGCCGCGGAAGGCCGUCCGCGUGCUCCUCAACAGGAAGACCGCCCACUCCUUCGAGCAGGUGCUCACCGACAUCACCGACGCCGUCAAGCUGGAGAGUGGAGCCGUCAAGAAAGUCUACACACUGGAUGGAAAACAGGUUACCUGUCUACAGGACUUCUUUGGAGACGACGAUGUGUUCAUCGCCUGUGGUCCGGAGAAGUUCCGUUACGCUCAGGAUGACUUCUCCCUCGAUGAGAACGCUCACAUUUCCACCGGAGCUAAGCCCAAGUGGGGAGGGUCCCCUAGCCAAGAGUGCCGUAUGAAAGGAGCGAAGCCCCCGUCUGGUCAGCGCGGCUCGGCUAAGAGCCCAGGCCCCAUUCGCCGCAGCAAAUCCCCAGCUGAAUCAACUAAUGGCACUGCCUCUAGCAGUCAGCUGUCCACCCCCAUCUCCAAACAGUCUCCCAUCUCCACCCCAACAAGUCCAGGGAGCGCCCGCAAGCAGAAGGACUUGUACCUGCCCCUGUCUCUGGACGAUGAGGACUCCAUGGGCGAGUCUGUGUAAACGCUCUGAUGCUCUCCCAGCGAGGCGCGUCUGCGUCCGCGUCCGCUCCUCACCUCGCCUCGCCUCCCGCCGUGCCAGCAUCACUCUGUUACCAUGGCUACGCCGGAGGAGAGAAGUUCAGCAUCAGUAACGGCACUUUGCUCUUGAUCGUGCUCUGUUCAUCUUUUUACACAUAAAUGUGUUUUCACACACACACACACACACACACACACACACACACACACACACACACACACACUCAGACA